GCUCUCCCCAGAUGGAGGCAAUCAUUCAGGCAGGGACCAUGGUGGAGCCAGAGCUGAGGCCGACAGCAGGACACAGGCUGGGGGCUCAGGAGACACUGGGGAUCAGUACGCUGGACCCCGGGCACAGGCCGCCUACCAUGCCCCCUGGGCGCCUUGUCUCCAUCAGGGUCCUCAUGCUGGACGAUACUGAGGAGGUCUUCGACAUCUCUCAACGGGCCCCCGGAAAGCUUCUGUUUGACCUAGUGUGCACCCAUCUGAACCUCAUUGAAGGGGACUACUUUGGCCUGGAGUUCCAGGAUCACCGCAGGAUGACUGUAAGAGAGGUCUGGCUGGACUUGCUGAAGCCCAUCAUGAGGCAGAUUAGACGCCCCAAGCACACACUUCUGCGCUUCGUGGUGAAGUUCUUCCCCCCGGACCACACCCAGCUGUUGGAAGAGCUGACCAGGUACCUCUUUGCCCUGCAAAUCAAGCAUGAUCUGGCCUGCGGGCGCCUGACCUGCAAUGACAGCAGCGCCGCCCUGCUGGUGUCCCACAUCAUCCAAUCUGAGAUAGGGGACUAUGAUGAAGCUCAAACCAGACAGCACCUCCUGAACAACAAGUAUGUUCCUGACCAGGAGGCUUUGAUGGACAAGAUUGCGGAAUUCCAUCGCAAGCACAUAGGGCAGACGCCAGCAGAGUCAGACUACCAGCUGCUGGAGAUCGCACGUAGACUGGAGAUGUAUGGCAUCCGUCUGCACCCAGCCAAGGACAGGGAGGGCACCAAGCUCAGUUUGGCUGUGGCUCACACGGGCAUCCUCGUCUUCCAGGGACACACAAAGAUCAAUGCCUUCAACUGGUCCAAAGUGCGCAAGUUGAGCUUCAAGAGGAAACGCUUCCUCAUCAAACUGAGACCAGACCUGAACCAGAGCGCAUGCCAGGAUGUCCUUGAGUUCCUGAUGAGUAGCCGUGACUGCUGCAAGGUCUUCUGGAAGAUAUGUGUGGAGUACCAUGCGUUCUUCCGGCUCUUCGAGGAGCCCAAGCCCAAACCCAAGCCCGUGCUCUUCAGCAGAGGUUCCUCCUUCAGAUUCAGCGGUCGAACACAGAAGCAGGUGAUUGAUUAUGUCAAGGACUCUGAAUUUAAAAAGAUCCCAUUUGAAAGGAAGCACAGUAAGGUCCAGUCCAUCAGUAACCUUCCCCCACUGCUUUCCCUGCGGUCUGAAGUGCUGACAGAGCAGAGUGGAGACUGCACCUCUGAGGACCAGGUUGACUCCCAGGACAAGCACAGCUGGAACGACUCGACUUCUGCAGCUGUGGACCAUGCUGCAUCCCAGCAGAAGCGCGGCAGUCCAGCCCAGCUGAAAAGCCACGAGAAUGGGGAGGUUCCAGAAGAGGAGGACGAAGAGGGUGGGCGGGGCCAAACUCCCCCCUCCAGGCGGCCAGAGGAGCCUCUGAGUGCAGGAGUAGUAUCGAACAGCCCACGGCUUUCAGACUCCUCGGCAACCUCCCAGGGUAUUGUUAACGGUCAGAGAGCAGCUCCAGCGCCCAGCCAGAGUCCAGACGGACGACCACCUUCCCCGCUCACCAGCCCUCUGUUGAACGACGCCGGCUCUAUGCGCACCGAUGAUGAGGAUGAGGUUCGGAGGAAGAGGUUCCCUACAGACAAGGCGUACUUCAUUGCCAAGGAGCUGCUGAUGACAGAGAGGACAUUUGUGAAGGACCUUGAGCUUAUCACUGUGUCUUUUCAGAACCUUGUGGGAAAGGAGGAGACCACAACAGAAUCUCUCAGGACCUUCAUCUCCUCCAACUUUGAACCCAUCCACAAGUUCCACACAGGAUUCCUGAAGGAUGUAGAACAGAGGCUGGCUCUCUGGGAGGGCCGGUCGAAUGCCCACAUCAAGGGGGACUACCAGCGUAUUGGAGAUGUCCUGCUGAAAAGCAUCCAGGGCAUUAAGCAGAUGACGUCCCACUUUCAGAGGCUUUCGGACGUGCUGAUGGAGCUGGAGCAGGCGUGCCAAGCCUCCCGUAAGCUGGAGGCCCUCUGCAGGGACUUGGAACUGCAGAAGGUGUGCUACCUGCCCCUCAACGUUUUCCUCCUGCGGCCGCUGCACCGCCUCGUGCACUACAAGCAGCUCCUGGAACGCUUGUGCAAGCACUACCCCCCCACACACGUGGACUUCAGGGACUCCAGAGCUGCCCUUGCGGACAUUUCCGAAUUGGUAGACCAACUACAUGGCACGAUGAUCAAGAUGGAGAACUUCCAGAAAUUACUGGAGCUUAAGAAGGACUUGGUUGGCGUUGACGGUCUGGCAGUUCCGGGACGGGAGUUCAUCAGGUUGGGAUGUCUCAGCAAGCUCUCUGGAAAAGGCCUCCAGCAACGGAUGUUCUUUCUGUUCAAUGACGUCCUGUUGUACACGAGCCGAGGAAUGACCGCCUCCAAUCAGUUCAAAGUGCACGGGCAGCUGCCUCUUUACGGCAUGACAAUCAGAGAGAGCGAGGACGAGUGGGGUGUCCCCUACUGCUUCACCCUGUCUGGCCAGCGCCAGUCUGUGGUGGUGGCAGCCAGUUCGGUUCUGGAGAUGGAGAGGUGGAUGGAGGACAUCAAGAUGGCCAUCGACUUGGCAGAGAAGUGCAAUGGGCCGUCGGGCAACCUGUUGACCAUCAGCCUGUCUGAGAACAAAUCCUCGGAGGAGUCCGCUCCGGACCAGGAGUCCGAGGAUGACCUGAGUGCCUCGCGCACCUCCCUGGAGAGACAGGCGCCUCACCGCGGUAACACCACGGUGCACGUGUGCUGGCACAGGAACACCAGUGUGUCCAUGGUGGACUUUAGCAUGGCUGUGGAGAAUCAGCUCUCUGGGAAUUUGUUGCGAAAGUUCAAGAACAGCAAUGGCUGGCAGAAGCUCUGGGUAGUCUUCACAAACUUCAGCCUCUUCUUCUACAAGACGCACCAGGAUGAGUACCCUCUGGCCAGCCUGCCUUUGCUGGGCUACUCCAUCACCAUCCCCUCCGAGUCAGAGAACAUCCACAAGGACUACGUCUUCAAGCUGCAUUUCAAGUCCCACAUCUACUACUUCCGAUCUGAGAGCGAGUACACCUUCGAGAGGUGGAUGGAAGUCAUCCGCAGUGCCACCAAUUCUGCCAGCCGCACUCGCAUCGUAAACCGGAAGGACCCCCAUCCCUACUGAUGCAGAGGAUGCGGGCAUGUCCUCAUGUUCUCCUCCAGCCCAUCCCCGUCCCUCAUCUGCUCCUCCCUUUUCCCCAUAACCCAGCUUAUUCCCCAGUUGCACGCCCCAGGUAGUCGGCUGUGCGGUCAUACUCUUUGUAGCCUUUUUCUGAUGGCCAUCUGCACAGUCCUGUUUUUCAUACCAUGCCACUGACAGGAGCAGUCGCACUACAUUCAAUUGAUAUUUUUUUCUUUUUUUCUUUCUUUUUUAAAUGCCAGCGGGACACACUUUCAUAUAUUGGUGCCAAUGCACAAAACCUGUGCUUUUAAAUGCUUUAAAGGUCACAAGUCUGCUGGUUUUGACAAUGUCAGAGACUGCUUUAACUGCAUUUUUACAGAGCUCUGAACCUUUUUCUUCUAGACAGUCAUUUUAUACAAUUUUUAAAUGGUGUGUGCCACUUUUUCACAUUCGGGUUUUUACAUGUCAUUGUUUGUGUUUUCUUAAAGGUGCAAAACCUAUCAGUGGAGCUUAAUUAUGUCCUUUUGUUUUUCAAGUAAAGUUUUCUUGUAUGGAUAACUGAAUUUUGUUUCUCUGUGUAAACAUGGUUGUUUGCCGUUUUUAUUCAGAAGAUUUUUUUUUUUUUAAUUUAAAAUCCAAAAGCUUGAGUGCCAAACUGAAUUAACCAAUGCCUCUCAACCAUUGUGAAGCCAUUUUAUAUGUUAGUCAUUCAAAGAUUUAUAAAGAAAAAACAAGUAAUAGUCAAUGUACUUUAAAAUAUAUAGGCACCUAAAAAUUUAAAAUGUAAUAUGACCAUGAAAAAUAUGUAAGAUUUUAUGAAAAACACUUAUUCCCUGGUUCAUUUGGGAGGGUUCAUAAACAUUUUACAGGGACUUCAUUGCAAUUCUGUGAUAAAAGGUUAAGUUUCAAUUUUAGACUUUUUCCAUUGUUAGUGCUGGCACUUUCAUGUAUUUUUUGUUUGUUUUUUAAACAACAGUUACCAUGACAUGUUGAUACACGGUAAUAGGCACUGUUACUAAAUAUUUUUAUUUAAUCUGGAUUACAUUCCUCAGUUUAAGUACUUUUACACCCUACCAACCUAAACAUUUUUAUGAAAACUGAAAUAUUAAAUGCUUUAAAUGUAAUGUUGAAACUCUAAAAAGAAACAUUUCAUAUAUAUUACUGGCCUUGAAAAGGCUCCCAGGUCUGAUGUCAGUAUGAUGUUUUCAGCCCAGUUCUUGGUGGACUUCUGCAUAUGCGGGUUUUUGUUACAACUGAGUUCUUAGGAACAGGUAAAAUACCAGUUAGCGCCACUGUCUUUUCAUCUGUAAGUUCCGGAUUCAGAUCCCACUUCUUAUACUGAAUUUGUACAGUACACAUCAAGAACAUUGUGCUCUGUAAAUGGGCAAAAAAGAAAUUUCGUAAAGUCAGUUUGACCAAAGGUGUUACAUGUAAGUGUAAUUAAUUUUCAGUGAGUUAGCUGCGUGUACAAACCGAUUCCAUGCAUUUGAGCACUAUUAGUAGAGGAGUCUGUCUGUUUUUUUCAGUCUUUUAAAACAGAAUUUAUGUUGGUCUAAGAAACUGUCAGCGGUCCCUUUGCCCCUGGUAACUGAAGUCAGUUUUGAACAUCAAUUGUAUUACUCACCUAUUUAUUUAAAUGUUUAGAAUGAUUACUUAGGUCAUAUAGUAAGUAUGUUUGAUUGUUUUCAUUGAAAUGAAUACCGUAAACUUCAAAUCCAUUUUAGGGGAGAAACAUUUUUAAAAGUUAUUUGGUAAUAUCUUCAGUAUUCCAUCAAAAUCAUUUAUAAAGAUGUGGUUGUUCAACUUGCAUUAUUUGAGUAAUAGAGUUUAUUCAAUUAACAGCUAAAUCAGGAAUAAGUAAUUAAAUCUCAGCCGGAACAAAACCCAGCAAACAAAGAGGGCUGCCAGGACCAGGGAUGAAAACUCCUAGUUCACAGGGCAGAAAGAUUCCGAAAUCCAGUUAAAUGAGACGCACAUGUAAUAAAGAGAAUCCUGUCUUGACCUUUCCAGGUUCGAUGUUUUUCUUUGCUCAGACGGGAGAGAGAUCUCUGACAAUUAAAGCAAUAA